GGGAGGCGGAUCAGUGAGAGUCAGAGCAGAGGAGAGGAGGGAGCCAAGAGAAAGAAGAGGAGGACAAGGAAAGAGAGUCAUGAGGCCUAUGCUGUUCCUGAGGAGCAUACAUGUAUGAAUGGAUGACAGGGAGACCUGGAGAGACAUGAGAUGGAUUCGUGGGAAGAUGAGCAGGCUGAGCAGCGCUCUUGUCUUAUUUGCGGAGACCGCGCCACAGGACUGCACUAUGGCAUUAUUUCCUGCGAGGGCUGCAAGGGCUUCUUCAAGCGCAGCAUCUGCAACAAGCGCGUCUACCGCUGCAGCCGCGACAAGAACUGCGAGAUGUCCCGCAAACAGCGCAACCGCUGCCAGUACUGCAGGCUGCUCAAGUGCCUGCAGAUGGGAAUGAACCGCAAAGCAAUCAGAGAAGAUGGUAUGCCAGGAGGCAGGAAUAAAAGCAUCGGUCCAGUACAGAUUUCCGAUGAGGAGAUCGAGCGGAUCAUGUCUGGACAGGAGUUUAAGGAUGAUGCCAACAUGCCGGAACACACCUGGGGAAACAACGGCGACAGUGACCACAGUUCCCCUGGCAACGGCGUCUCCGAUGGGAAUCAGCCAUCUCCUGUAUCCACACUUUCAUCCAAUCGCUCUGUGGAACUGAAUGGCUACACCGCUGCUUUGAGGGAACAGUACAUUGGCAAUGCAAUGGCCCAGCAUUACCAGUUCCUGCCUCACCUGUUUGGCUACGCCGCCCAGCCGCGGAGUCUGUACCCCCAGAGUCAUACCCUCAUCAGCCAGCUGGUGGCAGCAGAGGAACUGGCCCCGCUGGGCACACCCAUGCUCAUCGAGGACGGGUAUCGGGUCACUCAAGUGGAGCUGUUUGCGCUGUUGUGUCGGCUGGCGGAUGAACUUCUCUUCAGACAGAUCUCCUGGAUUAAGAAGCUUCCUUUCUUCUGCGAGCUGUCCAUCGAGGACUACACGCGGCUCCUGAGCGCCACCUGGCAGGAGCUCAUCCUGCUGGCCUGCCUGACGGUCUACAGCGCCCAGGUGCUGGGCGACCUCGCCAACGUCACCGACAAAUACACCCCGACCGACGACGAGCUGCAGAGUUUCAGUGAGGAUGGGAUGGAGGUGAUGGAGAAGCUGAUCUAUCUUUUCCGGAAGUUCCAUCAGCUGAAGGUCAGCAAUGAGGAAUAUGCCUGCAUGAAGACCAUCAACUUCCUUAACCAAGAUAUCCGCGGUCUGACCAAUGUGACCCAGCUGGAGCAGUUGAACAAACGUUAUUGGUACGUUUGUCAGGAUUUCACUGAGUACAAGUACCCUCACCAGCCCAAACGCUUUCCCGAGAUCAUGAUGUGUCUGCCAGAAAUCCGCUGCAUUGCAGGGAAGUUGGUCAACAUCCCUUUGGAGCAGCUCCCCCUGCUGUUUAAGGCAGUAUUGCACUCCUGUAAGUCAAGUCUGAACAACUACAGGACAAGCUCCACCCCCUGUGUGACAAAGGGUACCGCCCCUGCCAAUUAGCCCCGCCCCCUUGAAAACACCCUCCCCAUCUAUUGCACGGGGGCGGGGUGUUAUCUGGGGGUGGGGCUCCCGGUAUCCUCCUCCUCCUCUCAUGAAUGUGACAAGAAACUAUUUUAUGCAUUUUGUUUAGAUUAGUGUUGUUUUUUCUCUCUAUUUAUUACCAGACAGAGCUGAAUGUAUGUUGAUCCACACUGUGCACAUGCUCCUUUUCAAAUGAAAAUGCACAAAAAGCGCAGUGGAUUUCACACGCUUCAGUCCAACUGCGAUAUGUGACGUGUAACCACUGAUAGAUCUACUACUUGGUUUUAUUUUGUACCUCUGUUCACUUUCUGCCGAUAGGGACAGAUAAAGGAAUUGUUUUAUUGAAAGACUACCUCAGGAAGAAAAUGUUUCACAUGUUCCCUCUCUGUUUUACGAUGCUCCAGGCCGUUAACGUCGACACUGUGCUUCGUGUUUGAGAACGUCUUGUCAUUUCUUACGCAUUUGUGGUGUGCUGCAGUUCUUAAACACAUGCUCGGUAGUCACGUGACUUUAUCUUUCCAUACAAGGCUGCAAUGGAGAGCAUGAUGUUUACACAAAAGAGAGGUGUACAGGAAUGUUUCACAAUCAUAGGCUGGGGACGAAACGAAAGCUCAAUAUGUGUGUUAAUAUAGUCGAAUUCUUUUUUUUUACAAAAGUGUUAUGCAAAUUUGGAGGGAAGUAAGCCCUUGUUGAAAAUACGAGAGACUCCUGGGGAGAACAGCAAUGUCCAUCAUUAAGUUACACACGUUUUACACUCAGAGGCUGUUUACACGACAACAUUUUCAGCCAAAAACGGGAAAGUUUUUAUGCAUUUUGCCUGUUCGUUUAAACAGCAAGGGCGUUUUGGAGACUGGAAAUGUAUAUUUUUGAAAACGGGUUUCAAAGUGCUAAUUUUUGAGAACUUAUCGUUUCUGUGUAAACACCCCAAAGGGGAAUCUUUCGAAAACGGUGAUGUCAUGCACGUGCGUAAUAUGUGUUAGGUAUUUAAACAUGCAGUAAAUGUUGAUUAUAAAAGCAAGCACGAACAAACAUAAACAACAAUGGCGGAGUACACGGUACUGUUGUUGCUGCUCAAGCGUUUGCUAACACUUCAGCAAAGUGCGGAUUUACUUAUUGGAGAUGCAUCAUAUACAACAUAUAAUCGUCACUUCCCUACAGGUACUGUUUACAGGUACUGUUUACUAACAAGGUGACAGCACCAACUAAUGGACUGGCAUACAUAAUACAGCGGGUUUUUUUUACAUUUUCGUAGAUAUGUGUAAACGCGAAUCAUUUUGAAAACGUUGUCAUGUAUAUGUGAAACUUUAAAAAUGGGAAAACUUUUUCGUUUUUGACUACAACGUUGCUGUGUAAACAUAGCCUCAGUCCAGCAAUGAAAUGUGGUGUAUCAGCUUUCUUAUUUUGGAUAAACAAUCGGUUCCUUAAUUUGGAGCACUCGUUGAAGGAUGUAGAGUUUGAAGUAUUUAUCAGCAUUCAGUCAGCUUUUUCAACCAUGAAUGAUUAGCAUUAGCAUCAGAUUUGGUAGCAAUGUUGUUUAAUUAAUCCCGCCAAAUGCUCUCAAACUAAAAUAAAGGGCAUUUAUUUGAGUUCAGAUGGAGAAAAGUGGAUUUCCACACAGUCUAGUUUCCACUGGUCUGCCCCUGGUUCCUUCCCUCACGUUUUAAACAGGGUAAAGUUACUGUUUUUAUAAUUCACUCGCAUCUUUCUCUCAGAUAUCGCAGUGCUGAUGUACUUGUAGGUUUAGUAGUUUGUAGUAUUCUGGACAUUGUAGGUCCUUUUAGACGUUUUUUUAUGUUUUGUUUUUAUGAGUCUGGGUAGGGGGAAGUGUUGUUUUGAAGACUAUUUGGUUUUGAGUAUUACUGUAAACCCUAUUAGAGAAAAAAAACAUGACUGAGAUGCUAGCUAGUCCAGUUAUAACGAGUCAUCCGACGCCUUUGAGGUUUUGGUUACGAUUAAUUUCCUCGGUUGGUUUUUACCCAGGCAUCAGUGGAUGUGCUCGCUGUAACUUUCAUCAUUUCAGACAUUCCAAACACGUUCGAUAUGUGUCGUAAUGUUUACAUAUUUGCACCAGACAAUGACAAAGAGGUCCGUACCAAAGGCGCGUGUUCAGCCUGGUGACGGCCCAUCUCAAGUGCAGCUAAACCUCGGUGGCAACAUUUGGCGUUGUGUUGUUUGGUGGACACUUCACAUCUGUCUGUACGCCACUUAAUCUUAAACAUUUUAUCCAUCCCACACCACAUUCAUUUGUGUCCCUUCAUUUCUCGUUGUUUCAUUUUGUACUACGAUUAUUGUGGUAGAUAUUGUGACUUUUCUUUUCUCGCGAGGGCUUGUUUUGGAGUGUAAGCUAGCUAAAUGUCUCACUAAACUCUUGAUAUGGUGUAGGUCUUAAGGCCCGUUCACACCAAACAGGAUAACUAUAAAGAUAACGAUAAAGAUGUAGUUCUAAAAAUCGUUCUCAAUAUUAAAGAAUAGCAGAGUCCACACCACAACUAUAACGAUAAAGGCAAAGAGAAACGAUAUCGUUGGAAUCACUUUCAGAACGAUUUUCUUUUUCUGAUGAAUGAUAAAAACAUUGACAUCCAAUCAGAAUCCAUCCUGCUAUAACGAGCUCGAGGAUUUAAAGCGGCAGACGCACGUGCGCUCAGAAUAAACAGACGAUAUCGUUCGCUGGUGUGGACGCUAAUAUCGUUGUCUUUAUAGUUAUCGUUCUUGGUGUGAACGAGGCUUUAGCCUGCGAUAUUGCCACAUCAGAAUAAACUUGAAGGUGGAGAUCUAUCACAAACCAAGCUGCUAUGAACAACAGCCCUUCUGAAUUGAGUUUCUCAGACCAGCAUCUCUGGAAGAAACUCAGGAAUAUCCCUCUAUUUUGAACAGUUUUGUUAAUCUGGCAUUCGAGGCAAGCUUUUUGAUUUCUUUAAAAGAGCCACACUCCUCAUCUAGGUCUUUUUGUUUUCUGUCGUUCCUUCAUAUUUUACAGUGUGUCCUCGUUUGAUUUUUUUAAAAUGCAUUUUUCAUUGAAACUACCUCUUUUGUGUGUCAUCAUGUAGCGUGCUUUCAUUAAGGAAAAGUAUUAAUCGUUAUUUAUUGGUUUCAAAGCACCAGUGACCCUGUUUCUUUGUCCGUUUCAUAAACCAUUCUGGAAACUUCCGAGUUAAUAGUUUUCAUCAUUCUUAUUCCAUCAUUGUCUUAAAAUAUGUGCUCGAAUCAUGCCUGAUAGACAUUAGAUGUUGCGUAUUUACCUCACUCUUCAAUGAAGACCAUUUCUCAGUGCAAUUAUAACGUGUGAAAUGAACAGUAUUAUAUUCCUAGCUGUAAACACUGUUUGUGAAUUGUUUUCAUGAAGAAUGUAUUUUUUGCCUAUAUCAUUUUUGUUUUUAUUUCUCAACUGUAAUCAUGUUAAUGCUUUGACACUUUUCAGCCAAUCAGAUUUCUUUCUUGAUUGUUACGGGUAUGCUGAUUGGCUAUUGAAAGACUAUCAAAGUGCUGUCAGUUUUACAUGGCCAGGGAACUUAUUUCAGUCUCUUUGGGAUUCUUCUUGAUCCAGUGGAAAUCUUAUUAGAAGAAACAUUGGUGAAUGUUGGGGCUUAAGCAAACCAUACAGAGCCAGAAUGAGAGGUUUUGAAACAUGGGUGAUAUCUCAGGGAAUAGACACGCUCCUGAAAACCUCGAAACAACUCUAUUACACGUUAAAUGAACUCCUGUCUGUUUGUAUUUGUCUUUGUAUUGGCAUCUGGCAUGUUGUUUUCGGGAGUGUUGUCUGAGGUGUUUUUCCUAACCCGUGUCACAAACCUCUUCUUCUGCUCCUCUGACUUUUACUACCUGUGAAGAAUGUGAUCGAUAUGUGUUAUGAAGCAUGUUUAGAAUGUUUUAGGACUUGAAACCAAAUAAAUGUGAAUCUUAUGCAACUGUGAAA